AUGCCUGAGCAAGUUUUAUACACUCUUCAUACUGUUUGGAAAUGGACUGAGGAUCAAAUUGAAGAAAUCCUAACAUCGUCAAAAACCGUUGAGGACGAACAUGAAGUCCAAAUUCGAUAUAUUUCUGAGAAAGAU